UAGAAAAAUCUAUGAGAUCGGAUUUGGUCACCCAGCACUAGCUGGAUUUAUCCUUUUUUGACUUUUGCGUAUAACACUAUGAGAUAGAUUGGUCGACGGGCAUGAGAGCUUAAGAUAUAAGCAGAUUGUUCCUGUGAGGUCGGGGUGUGUGAAUUGUGAUGGGUCGAUCGCCGUGCUGCGAGAAGGUGGGGCUGAAGAAGGGGCCGUGGACGCCGGAGGAAGACCAGAAGCUGCUGGCCUACGUCGAGAAGCACGGCCACGGGAGCUGGAGAGCUUUGCCGGCGAAAGCCGGGCUGCAGCGGUGUGGGAAGAGUUGCAGGUUGAGGUGGACCAACUACCUGAGGCCGGACAUCAAGAGAGGGGAGUUUAGUGUGCAGGAGGAGCAGACCAUCGUCCAACUGCAUGCCCUGCUCGGGAACAGGUGGUCGGCGAUCGCGACGCACUUGCCGAAGAGAACGGACAAUGAGAUCAAGAACUACUGGAACACGCACCUGAAGAAGCGGCUGGCGAAGAUGGGCAUCGACCCGUGCACGCACAAGGCGAAGAGCGACGCCCUCGGCCCUGCCGCCGACGCCGGACGCUCCCGGAGCGCCGCCAACCUCAGUCACAUGGCGCAGUGGGAGAGCGCGCGACUGGAGGCCGAGGCGCGCCUCGUGCGCGAGUCGAGGAUUCGGACUGCGGCGGCCAUGGGGUCGCCUCCCUCAUCCUCCGCCUCUCCGCCGGGCUGCGUCGGCGUGUUCCGGGCUUGGCGAGGAGGGGCGUGGGAAGGGAAGCCGCCGGGGCAAGGUCAAAGGUCGGAUCUUGAGUCGCCCACCUCCACGUUGAGCUUCGCGGAGAACCGGCUUCUGGCGGCGGCGGCGGCGGCGGCCGCCGGAGGGCUCGGCUACCAAGGAGCCGACAGGAUGGAUAACUUUGCGGGCUUGGGCAUCUACGACGCUGUCGUCGGCGGGGAGGCACCGUGGCUAGGAGAUGGAGAGGCCUGCGGAUGCGGUCAACUGCAAGCCGGCGGAGGCUUCACCGGGAUGCUGCUGGGAGACAAGAAUUCCGACUACGGUGGCGGCGAUUCUUACGGAAACAAUGACUGCCUGCGAGAGGAGGAAGAAGAGGAAGUAGAAAUGAACAAGAACUACUGGAACACCAUUCUCAACUCCGUCAACUCUUCCUCUUCUUCCACCUCGUCGCCGGCGUUCUAGAAUCGUACCCAGUAACCUUUUUUCACUGCGAGUCUUCCCUGCACUGUACUAGCCAUUAGCCUGCUCCUGCCUCCAAUCGAAUCUGUAAGAAACAGACAAAUAAAAUGCAGCAGUUAGGCGUUUGCAUCGUCCUGGGAUUGUAACUUCUGGUUUGUUUAUAUGCUUAAAUUUAGUAGCUUUCAAGAACAGAUCGAGUCUUUGCAGCUAAA